CCGCGGAGCGGAACGUAUAAAUGAGUUUAACGAAGGCUUGGGAUGGCAGAAAGGACGCGUCGGAUCAGUGUAGGCUAUAGACGGAGAGGCAAGAGGAGUGAGUAACGAGAUGCUGGAUUUCACCACCGCGCCAAAAAGGUAACCUUGUUACAACAUAUAAUGUCAUUUCGUAUCAUGUAUAUUCUACACUAGAAGCCAGGGGCAUCAACGCGAUCAUCUACUGCUUCCGUUUCGUCCAACUCUAUCUUCACAUGGUGGUCGCCAUCAUCAUAUCUUAAACUUGUAUCGUGUCCGCUGGUCGUUCGUUUUCCCUGCUGGGCCACAUGUUCAUCCCAUUCGGAGAUGAGAUCAUCGAGCAUAGUAUUCGCCAUGCUGGACGAAUCCGCGAUCAGCUCUGCCCAGCGGUGCCGGUGCGACGCUAACAAGUGGAAAUCGCCGCACGGCUCGAUAGACGUAACGAGUUGGCCAAGUCGAGCCUCGGGCAAGCAACCCAAUACCUGGACCUCCUUUUGUCCCGAGCUCCAGGUAACCCAUCAUGUGGUAUAUUGGCCCUCGGGCCUUGGUAGUUCUGGGUCCAAGGCGUUGAUAAUCUCUCUCGUAGCCUACGGCAGGUCGACUCUUCGGGGUUGGACGGAGUACCCGAAACAGCAUGCUCCCGCCGACACCAUCAUGUCUACGCCUCGAGACAGGUUAGGAGGGCCGUCUUGGGAACUGCCUCUAGUAGCAGACGCGGGGGGGGUGGUGAAGCCCGUCUCUGGGAGCUGCUACGCCGGUCGCGGGUUUCGGUGUAGACGGACCCCCCUGCAAAUAGGUUUGGCAGGAUUGUCCUCAAGGGCUGGGCCCUCAUCUACAGAGUAAUAAUAGUUGGCAAAAAAGCCCGACACGGCCGAAACUAUCUUCAGUCGCCCAACCUUGAAGUGGAAGAUUUGGAAAUCAUCUCGGGAAACCCUUAGCUUCUUGGCUAAUUUUAUGCGGCGCAGAGUUUCUUUUUAAUUUGCCACCCCGAAUACCCAUCGGUCGAGGAGCUUCUCGCCUUCGAUCGUAGCGUUGAGGCGGGGGAAGCUAUAGUACUAGGGAUUGGAGACUCGGAACUGCACCGAGAAUGUAAGCACAGAGGCGAGAAGCGGGUCAGGGGCGAGGGGGACGAUCCGGAAUACCGUGGGGAGGCAGCCCGGGCUUGGGGGCCCGGAUACAGCUUGAAUGGAGCCGGGAACACGUGACACGUACCUGGCCUGAGGCACAGACGAGCAUCGAUGCGACUACGGUUAGAGAAAAGUUACAGCAGCGGAGAAGACGACUUGCUAAGCCGCUGGGCAUACGCAUUUCGCAUAACGGAUGUCGAACACGCGCACCCGCACCCGCACCCGCACGCACACUACGUGAUGACGGAGAAAGGCAAAAGGCAAAAAUGGUAGCGGGCAGCGCAGGAGACGAGAUGGUUACCAGUUUAUCUGCUAAUUUGUACCAGUAACUAAACGAAACGAAUAAAUAUAAUACAACGCAUAAAUUAGACGCAGUUUAACUAGAUGCAGUUUAACUAGAUGCAAUAGAACGAAUAAACCAGACGCGAUUCGGUUGAAUACUAUACCGGAGACUAAUCCCUU